AUGUACCCAGGCGAUCUUGACGACCUUUGGGAGUUCACUUGCGUGUUUCGCCACAGAGACAUUCAUACCGUUCGGAGCUUUAGUUUCCAUACUACUGUCUACCAAAAGAGGAAAAACAAGUUCAUCACAAAUGCCGGCCGCGCCCCACGGGACCACAACGCCCUACGCUUCGUGGAUGAGAACAUCUACAGAACCUUCGCCAAUGCGAACAACGGACAUGUAGCAGUUUACAACGCCGAAACAGCCACAAUCAACGAAUACGCCACCCUCUGUGACCUCCUCCUAGACCUAGGGUUCCACCUCAAACAACACGAGCACGACAGGUGGGAAGACGAACCGGUAGCAGAAGAGAGAGACCGAAGCCGCAGGCCGUCGCCAAAGGAACAAUUCGUCUCUCCUGACUUGUAUGGGUACUGUUCGGAAGUGGUUCCUCGACCAACCGAGAUUAAGAAAGUGUCCUUCACCGGGUUUUCCGACAUCGUCCAGCUGCUUGCUCACUCCACUGGGUUCGCAGCCCUCUCUUCAACGGGGGAGGUGUACACGUGGGGCGAUGAGCGGUUUGUAGGGUGUUUGGGGAGGGAUGUUACUGAUGAGUGCCCAGCUCACUACCCCUCCCCCGUCCCCCUCCUCUCCCAACUUCCCACCGGCCCCGUCCGGCACCUCUCUAUCGGCCCUACCUCCUCUUUGCUCGCCUGCCUAACAGCCGGCAACGACCUCUACGUCUGGGGGGAUCCCAGACGGUUACCCCCUUCUCUCCAAACACUUUUCUUCGACCAACGGCAGGCCGACGACGGUUGGCACGACUACAAUGACGGUCCGGUCCCUGUGGUAAUCACCGACACGGACGGGAACGAGGUGGAUGGUAUCGUGGACGUGGCCGUGGGAACGGAACACAUGAUUGCGCUGACGGACCAAGGGGAGGUGUAUGUGAUUGGGCAGAAUUGGUGUGGUCAGUUGGGGCUGGGAGAGGAGAUUGAGUACGUUAUGAAGUGGGAGAAGGUGCCUUUGUCGCUGGACGAUGGAGUUAGCGGGACUAAAAAGGAGAUCAAGGCGGUUGCGGCGGGGCCGUGGGCGAGUUUCUUGAUUGUUGGUGAGGAGGAGUAG